AAUCAAGAUAAAUGUCUGUCCUUUUAAGACAGCAUCUCUGUAUCUCCCUGGCUGGCCUGGAACUCACAGAGAUCCUCCUGCCUCUGCCUCCUGAGCAAAAGGUCAAAAGUGUGAGCCACUACAACCUGCUUUGCUUUAAUGUGUUGAGAGUUUCUGGACCUGGAACUCCACCAUUAGGUGAGGCUACAGGGACUGCGGAGCGGAGCCGAGGGCCGAGGAAAGGCGGUCGAGUCAUCGCUCCCAAGAAGGCGCGCGUCGUGCAGCAGCAAAAGCUGAAGAAUAUCUCUCCUAGGCAGGUUACCCAGAAGCCUACUCUGCUCCUUGAGAGCUUGGAAGUGGGGAUCUGGAAGAAGAUUGAGCAUGAUGUGGUGAUGAAGGCCAACUCCAGCCUGCCUAAAAAGCUUACACUGCUGAAGGGUGCAUCGAAGAAGACAGGGGCCACCACCUCCAACAAGACACCAUCCUAAAGGCACUGGGACUUUGCACGUGACCCCACAGGCUGGCCGGACCUGAAGAGGACCCUGUUCCAGUUCUGAUGGCACCUGGGACAGCAAUGGGCAGGUGAUGAUAAAGCUGGAAGCUUCCUGGUACUGAAGAGGCACUCGACUUCUGUGGGUGACACGUCGUAAUGAACCUGGCUCUGUUGUCCCGCCAGCUCUCAAACAGUUCAAUUGAGAGGCCAUUUGGAGGCUAGGUGAGCCUCACUGGUCUCCACAAGAAACUUCUCUCGCCCAUGCAGUGCCCUUGACAGCCACAGACCCCAGAACGAGCGAUGACAUCUAUACCUGUAGCUGGCAGCUGGAAUUGUCUCUUCCCCAGGUCACUCCAGUCACCUAAUGUUGUCACUGUCCUGUACAUAAAGAAAGGUUCCGUAUCUUCAGUGAGGUGCCACCUCAUCCUGUCACACUAGUGAUCCAGAGCCACUUGGGGGUGCUCCAGUGUUACCCAAUAAAGCUGUGCUCACAGAGGCCAUGUGCCAUUCUUGUGCUUUCCUGCACUACCUAUGACACUCUGGAACCGGGACCUGGUCAGCUCAAGCCACCCUUCUCCAUGGCACAGCUCUGCUUCUGUCCAGUGAGGGGCUCACACCCCUGGCAGUCCCUCCAACCUGUUGGACCAGAUGUUGAAAUGUUCUAUGCAGGAUGUUGGACGUGGUGCCAUAUCCCUUGGUGUGGCCCUGGGACAAGCAAUGAGUACGCUGGUGGCCUAUUCCUUUAUGCCCAGCCAGUUUGCCUACUGAGGAAGCAGAAAAGUGGGGGUUUACUAGUGACUGCCCCAAGCCCUGACUGGGUAAAUUUGUUCCCAGACAGUUGGAAUUUAAUGUUAAGACUGUCUGAUGCUCCCGUGUUGGCUCCUGGCUCACCGUGGCUGCUAGGGAUCAGAUCCACUUGUGUGUGCUUAGCGAGCUGUCUGAGCCACACCCUAGUCUAAACUCCCAAUGCACUUGCAAGGCAGAGGAAGGACCUGCUGGACUUUAGUCCUGCCAGGACACAGAUGUUCUGCUCUGAGCAUGGAGGGCUCCUUUAGAGGCUGUGGCUUACUUCAAGACUGGACCUUGAAGGGCUUGUUAGUGCCUCUGGCUUGUGGUGAAGCGCCUCACCAUGUCUACCUUUUGGUACCCUCACCAUAGAUCCUGAGAAAUGGGUCCAUCCCAUUGUGGAUACAGACCCAGAACCAUGAGCUCAUCAGUGGCCUUCCUUGGGUUUAGUUUGGUUUUCUGAGACAGGGUCUCCCUGUGUAGCCCUAGCUGGCUUAGAACUCCCUGUGUAGACCAGGCGGGCCUCAAACUCAAAGUUGUACAUGCUUCUGCCUCCCACGUUCUGAGAUUAAAGGGUCUCUGUGUAUGUACACAUGAGUCUGAGUGUCUCGGGAGGCCAGAGGCAGCCUGUGCUCUGAAACUGGAAUCGGGCGGCUGUGAGCCACCCUACAUGGGUAUAAUGAGUGGAAGCUGUUAGCUACUGGGCUUGUGCUCUAGCCCUGCAGGUGCUUUGAGGCAGGCAGACUUCUGGAGGUGUCCAAGCUGUCUAGGGCUGCAUAGCCCCUGUCUCAGAAAACAAAAGAAAAACUACUCAGCUGCUGUCGUGUAAGCUAAUCCAGUAAAUGUCCCUUCGUGUUAUAUUCUGUUGGUUCCCCCAGAGCACCCUGCAGAGCAAAUGUUCCAUGGGUGCUUGGACCAGCGUUGAUGGAAUGCUUCACACUAGCACAGGGGCAGAAACAGCCUGCCGUUGCGGUAAUGGCUGAGCAAGAAUCUGCUCCGGCCACGGUGGAAUAUUAUUCAGCCAUAAAAAUGGGAUGGCGCCAGGCAGUGGUAGCCUUUAACCCCAGCACUUGGGAGGCAGAGGCAGAUGGAGGCUGCACUUUCAUUUCCCAGAUACCCAGACCCUAAUAAUCACACAGAAACUAUGAUUACAACACUGCUUGGCCAAUGGCUCAGACAUAUUUCUAGCUAGCACUUACAUCUUUAACCGGUCUCAAAUCACAGAGAUCCUCCUGUCCUUGAACUCAUAGAGAUACACCUGCCUCUGCCUCCAAGUGCUGGGAUCAGAGGCAUGUGCCACCACUGCCCAGCAGUCUGGUUAACUAUUUUAAACUGGGUUUUUAUCACUUAAAACAGAAAACAUGCUAGCAAGUGCAUUCAGGAAUUAAACAACAAAAAUAAAAUAUAUUUAUAAGGUUCUUAAAUGCUUCUAAUGGAAAC